UGAAAACUGUCCAGGACAUAUAAUUGAGUUUGCUAAAGACGGUGGCUAUGCUAAUGUAUCGUGGGUAGAACCUAUUGCAUCAGACAAUUCAAUGGCAGUUACUUUAGUGCCUGAUAAAAGUAUUGGCAGUUCAUUUCAAGUCGGAUCCACAAUUGUAACUUACACUGCUUCAGAUAAAUCGGGAAACCAAGCAAUGUGUACAAUAAAUGUUACAGUUUUUGAUAAUGAUACAGAAGAUCCAGUUUUUAUAAAUUGUCCAAGUGAUAUCAACAAAACCACUAUCAUGGGUGAAAACUACAAUGAAGUCUCAUGGAAAGAUGUAGUUGCAACUGACAACAUUGGAGUAAAUAUAGUGAACUCAACAAAUAAGAGUGGAGACAACUUUACAAUUGGUGUGACGAUAGUAGUGUAUACCGCCUUUGAUUUAGCAGGCAACGUGGCUGUGUGUAACUUUACUGUGAUAAUUACUGACAAUGAAGAUCCAGUUUUCCUUAAUUGUCCAUCAUAUAUGAGCAUGCCAACAGCUUCUGGACAAGCAUCUGCUAAUGUAGAAUGGAAUAUUCCAACUGUCUCUGACAACAGUGGAUGGUAUACAUUGAAUCAAACCCAUAUGCUUGGUGAUUUGUUUGAAAUUGGCAAGACGGUUGUAAUUUACAAUGCAUCGGAUGCUUAUGGCAACACAGCAGAGUGUGCAUUUAUUAUUGAAAUUUAUGAUGAUGAGCCACCGGUAAUUAUUAAUUGUCCAUCCUUUGGAAUACCAAUUGUUCUACCAAACGGUGAAGCAUCAGUGGUUGUCAACUGGACUGACAUCACAGCAAGUGACAAUGAUGCUUCAAAUCCAUUAGUAUCUUGUGAUCCACCUGAUGGUUCUGUAUUUGAUAUAGGAACAGUUCUUGUCUCAUGCACUACAAUGGACAAUUCCAAUUUGAAUGCAAGUUGUCAAUUUGAAGUUACAGUUGAAGGCAAGUAG